AUGAGUGCAAAUGAGACGGUGACGGUGGCUAAACCAGCCGGCAGCCAGGUGCAAGCUGGCAGACAGUGGUGGAAGGUUUGCUUCUUGUACGGCAACCAGGAGAAGUACUAUCGACAGAUCUAUGCAAAAGCCGCAUCGGAGCGGUUGGCACAUGCCACACAACAAAGUAACGGCAACGGACCAUCGGGGAAGGCGGCCAUCAUCUUUCCCACUAAACAGCAUAGGCCAAUUCUGAUCAACGGCAGUCGGGCAAGUCAACGGAAGGAUGCCGAUUCCGAUCGUCCGGCUGCGUCGGCCAAGAAGCGUGUAACUGUUCUGGAUGAUUCUUUCCUUCUGGGGGUCAGCGAAGAUGAGCAAAGGUCAGACAGUGGAAUUAACAUCGACGCCGCAACCAGCCAACCGGACGAGUCGAAUCAUCAUCUUCUGCUGCAGCAGCAGCAGCAGCAAUCAAACCGUGGUAUGAGACGAAAUUUCCAUCUCAGCAAUGAAGAGCUAAGGCUUUUGAACUCUGACAAGCCUCUGCCCGGCGGGGGACAUGUCGUAGAACCGGCGGUAACGCCCCCGGGGCUGACCAAUUCAUCUCCCAUUGUGAGUGCCUGUGGGAGUCCGGCGCAAAUUGCCCCCAAUUCAUCAUCGUCAUCGUCGCCACAACCGCCACCGGCGGCGGUGGUGGUGGGGGGAUUGCCCAGCCCGGAAUGGCAACGGCAACCGACGGCGUCGGCGUCGGCGGGGGAACAACAAACCGGCAGUCAUGUGGGCAGUCCCAGUCCGCCGAGCCUAUCGCCGUGUCCGGACAUUCUCGGACGCUCCGGGAGCAACAAGAUCCCCCCACCGCUGGCCGGACCAAUGUCGUACCCGUACCAAAAACCUUCCUUCGAGUACGACGUAGUGAACCGUGUUCCACUGAGUCCGCAAGCCGCCUACCACAAAUCGCUACAGCAACAGCAGCAUCUUCCGCCUCCACCUCCUCCGGUAACUUCCAAUGUGGCAACGCUGUCCUCCCCUUCGGUAGGUGAUUUCCUCCCACCGCUUCAACCACACCCACCGCAACCGCAUCUACUUCAUCUGCAGCAGCAACAGCAACAGCAGCAACAACAGCCACAGGAUACCGGUGGAGGAUCGCGUUCAAUUUAUAGUGCCCACGCCUUGUCCAGCCAAACUAUACAUGCGCCACAGCAGCACCUGCCGCAUCUGCCGCAACACGGUGGACCGUUCCAACAUCAACCAGCUGCACCUGCGUUAUAUCAUCACUCACCGCGAGGUGGCUCGCAUCACCAACAGCAGCAGCAGCAAACAUUUCCACCGAAUUUUCCACCAAACCAGCAGCAUCCCGGCGGUGGAAAUGGCGCCGGAGGAGCAGGAGGAGUAGGAGGAGGUGUGGUAGUUGGUGGAGGACACAAUUAUUCGCAGUCCGACGAUGACAGCGGCUGUGCCCUGGAAGAGUACACUUGGGUUCCCCCAGGACUACGCCCAGAUCAGGUCCAUCUGUACUUCUCGGCCAUCCCCGAGGACAAGGUUCCCUACGUCAACAGCAUCGGUGAGCGUCACCGGGUUCGUCAGCUGCUCCAGCAGCUUCCUCCACACGAUAACGAGGUGCGAUACUGCCAUUCACUGACCGAUGAAGAGCGCAAGGAGCUGAAACUUUUCUCGGCCCAGCGAAAGCGGGAGGCCCUCGGCAGGGGUACCGUGAAGCAGCUCACCACGAAUCAGAUCUGCGAUGGCUGCGGCGAAUGUGUUUCCUCCGGCGACAUGGGUGUCUACGCCAGUCGGUUCGAUCCGGGUACCUGCUGGCAUCCGGCUUGUUUUGUUUGCUCCGUCUGCAAAGAACUGUUGGUCGAUUUGAUCUAUUUCCACCGGGAAACUCGGCUGUACUGCGGGAGACAUCACGCGGAGACGCUGAAGCCCCGGUGUUCGGCGUGCGAUGAGAUUAUUCUGGCCGAUGAGUGUACGGAGGCGGAGGGACGAGCAUGGCAUAUUAAACACUUUGCCUGCUUCGAAUGCGACAAGCAGCUCGGUGGGCAACGGUACAUUAUGCGCGAUGGCAAGCCAUACUGCCUGCACUGUUUCGACGCCAUGUUUGCCGAAUACUGCGAUUUCUGUAGCGAGCCAAUCGGUGUUGAUCAGGGUCAAAUGAGCCACGAUGGUCAGCACUGGCACGCAACGGACAAUUGCUUUGCUUGCAGUACCUGUCGAUGCUCGCUGCUGGGACGACCAUUUUUACCUCGUAGAGGGGAGAUUUAUUGCUCCAUAGCAUGCAGUAAAGGUGAGCCACCCACGCCCUCGGACGGUUCGGUUCCCACUGUUCUGCCCACGCGAAGUCGCCUGCGGAGCAGCAGUCAUCGGCCGCUGGACGAUGGCUGCGAGCAGCCACCACCGCAUUUGCCAAAGUCACCCGAACCGCUGCAAAGUCCCAUCAGCGAACGAAGCACUCCCAGCUCCAGUCCUGCCAAAUACUCGCACACGGAAUUAUCCACCAACGUCUCCAGCUCGGUUCCGGCGACCGAACUAAACGAGACGCAUUUCUCCCUUUCAGCAGAUAACGAUGUACAAACCUACACCGGAAGUGGUGCUACCUCGCCCGUCUCCUGUCGGACGAUUCCCUACAACGAACCAAGUGACCUCGUGGACCACCAUAGCCAAUCGCAGCAGCAUGAUUCGUUACCUCCGUUCGAUUCCAACCAUCGAAGAAUUCCGCAAUGCUCGCCCGAACUGACCCGACUGUUGAACAAAGACCGCAGCCGGCAGCCACUGGAUCUGACCGAUCUUAGCCUUAGUUUGGACAACUGGCAAGCCGAUCACCACGGUCAGCUAUCGAUCGCACCCAGCAUAGCUAAAACCAACCCUGCCCUGACCUCCUCGAUGCCGGAACUGACCCAGCAACUGCUGCAGCAGCAGCCACAACAAAAACAAACUCCCGCCCAUUACCACCACCCGCAGCCAGCCUACGACGACAUUAGCCCGUUGGACAAAUCAAGUGCAAUAGAUCCGGACGAUGGCAUCCAGAAUGCCUCCGAUGCAUCCCACUCGAUCGUGGAACUCCCGACCCCGCCGCCAAUAGUUAUUAAGAAAGAGGUACGUUUUGAGGGCGACUUUCAGGAUUCGUUGCCCCGCUCGAAAGGCUAUUGCACCCGGACCGGCGGUCCCCGGACGCGUUCCUCCAAAUCGAAACGUAAAUCCAGCAGCAACAGCAGCAGCAGCAGCCACCACCAUCAUCAUCAUCACAGCCAACGAACGGAGCACCACCAUUCGAGUUCCGGAGCUUCCUACCAUCGGGACCAUCAUCGGCACCACGAACCUCAAUCCCAAUCGGGUGUUGCCUCCGGCAGCAGCAGCAGCAGCAACCGUCGAUCGCCGCGCCAUAGGCGCGCCGGUCGCCCCUCGGAAAUGGUAACCGAUCUGGACCACCGGGAACCGAACCGCGACGGUGACGAUUCGGACUCGCGCAGCGUCUGCUCGACCUGUUCGUCCUCGUCGUCCAGUGCCGACGACGACGUGUACGAGCUGCCGAUGCGGCGGCCGUACGGCGGCACCCGGAUCCACUACAUGCCAAACAAUUCGCUCGCCUGUGCCCGGAAACGGAAACAGCUGCAGCACAGCCACAGCCAUCAUCCCUACGAGAAAGACAAUAAAAACUGUAUCAUAUCGUGA